UGAGAUUUAAUAAUAUAAAGUAAGAAAAUUUCUGGCAUUUUCUCGUGAAGACGAAGCGCUAGGAGCGUUUUUGCAGUUACCCCUCACAAUUCGCAUCCACUUAAACCAACUUUGUUUCCACUUCCUUCUCUCUCUCUAUAAAAAUUCUCCUACCUCUACAGUAACUGAUCAUUCACUUCAACUGAGGUUUCUUGUAAUCGAUCAAUUGCAAAUGGGUUUCUGAAAUAUUGCCAGAAUGAGGUUUAUAACAGGGGAAAAUCCCAGUUCCACACCGCCAAAACUGUCUCUGUUUUCUUUGCCAAGACAGCCGCCGGAGCCACCGGGGAUGGUAACGCCGCCGCUGCACGCGUCAAUUUCUGUGCCGUUUCAGUGGGAGGAGGCGCCGGGGAAACCGAGGCCGUCUGGGAUUAUUGAACCAAAUUCAAAGCCCAGAAGCGCAAGAUCUUUGGAUCUGCCGCCGAGGCUGUUUGCCGACGCUAAAGUGGCUCAUUUUGCCUCUCCGACGACCGGCGUGGACGAACCCAUUUUCGGUCCAGACCUGUCUUCCAGUUUGUCGUUUAGGUUCCCCGACACUUGGGCAGAGACGGCGACGGCGACUGCGGCAGCUACGAAAGAGGAGAAGAAUGGUAAACAUGUUGGGUCUAGACGGUGGAUGAGCUUCAGAAAGAAUAAGAAGAUUGUGAUUCCGAAGAGUGGGCCUGAAAUUACUGUCACGGGCGGCGGCGACCGUAAUGGUGGGAGUAGCGACGGAGAAACAAGGGUGAAGAUCACAAGGUUUAGAAGUAAAAGAAGCUUUUUUAGGAAACCGAAUUCAAAGUCGCACUUUAUUGCAAAUAUUUAUGGAAGCUUGAAGCAAGUCAUUUCUUGGAGACGCAAAGGAGAUGAAAUGGAAAACAUUUCACCAUCAUCAUAUAAGAACAAAAUACAAGUCUAGAUAUAAAGUCCGUUAUAUUACUUAACUUUCUAAGUAGGAUAUGAUAUUAUAAUAUGUCACUCUAUACUACUUCUAUCUUCUAUCACUUUACACUUGUAAAUAUAUCUUUAUCUAAUACAAUUUGUGUGUGUCUUCUCUUCGUAUUCUUCUACCAAAAUUGAGCAUCUUUAUUGAAGUUUGAAUUAAAAACUUAGCUUCUUAAAAGAGUAAAGAUUU